AUGUACUUGAAGACAUGGGAGAGCCGGUGGAGGCCGCUCCAGUCCCUGGAGAAUCAUCAUGAAUUCAAGAAAAUCAAUCGGAGGAUGUAUAGUGUUCUUGUAACUCCUGAAACACUGUCAGCAGGGAUGUUUUCCAGGAGUCGCUUUUUACACUGGCCUGAAGCAAGGCUGGUUUACAUGGUAGAUGAUUUAUGUGUCAGAUUAUCUGGAGAUGAAAAAGAGAGAAAAGGAGUGGGAGGAGGUGAUGUCUCUGGUGGUCUCCAUGGGUAUGUUUCCUUAAACCACACUGGUGUCAGUCACACAGUCUUUUACUUGCUGGGCAUCCCUGGCCUAGAGGACCAGCACAUUUCCAUCCCUUUCUUCUUUUCAUACAUCAUUGCCCUAUCUGGGAACAGCCUUCUCAUCUUCAUUAUUGUGACAAAGCACAGCCUCCAUGAACCCAUGUACCUCUUCCUCUGCAUGCUGGCUGGGGCAGACUUUGUCCUCUCCACAUGCAUAGUACCUCAGGCCUUGGUCAUCUUCUGGUUCUGUGCUGGGGAGUUCUCCUUGAAUCGUUGCAUCAAACAGUUCUUCAUUACACACAGCACUUUCAUGUCUGAGUCAGGUACCUUGCUGGUGGUGGCAUUUGACUGCUACAUUGCCAUAUGCUUCUACCCACUGAGAUACACCACUAUUUCUACACACACACUGAUUGGGAAAAUUGGUGUUACCAUCUUUCUGAGAAGUUAUUGUAUGAUUUCCCUGAUAUUUCUUCUGAAAAGAUUGACUUUCUGACAAAGUAAUAUAAUUCCAGACACCUGUUGUGAGCACAUUGGCUUGGCCAAAUAUGCUUGUAAUGACAUAUGAGUAAACAUAUGGUAUGGACUCUUUGUUAUAAUGUCAACAGUGGUCUUAGAUGUCCUAUUAAUUUUCGUUUCCUACACGCUUAUUCUCCAUGCUGUCUUUCACCUGCCUUCCCAAGAUGCUUGUCACAAGGCUCUCAACACAUGUGGCUCUCAUGUCUGCAUCAUCAUCCUCUUUUAUGGGCCUGCGAUCAUCACAACGCUUACUCAGCAUUUUGGAAGCCAGGUUCCACCUCAUAUCCACAUCUUGUUGGAUAAUGUGUGCAUUCUGGCUCCACCUAUGCUGAAUCCCAUCACUUAUGGGAUCAAGACUGAGCAAAUUUGA